AUGGGCCAGGGAUUGCCACGUACCGGCAUGAACACCGGAGGGAACGUCCAAAGUGCACCGUCCAAGCGUUGGGUUGAUUGGGGGACACCAGCAACAACAAUGGUGGUUACGUUGCCGUUUCGCUUUGCUUCCAAUCGACUGUUCUUUCCUGUUGUGACCAUGUUCGACCGAUCCAGUCGUUGCAACUAUUGGUUCACGAAUUUUUGGUCGUCAUUGGCUUUUCGGUCGAGACAACCCGGGACCGUUGCCCCGUUGGGGUGCACGACAGACUGUGCCAAAGCAAUCGGGACGCUUGACGGUAUCGACCGAAUCCUGAGAUCGUUUGGCGGUCCCCCAAUUACGGAUUACAUUCGUAUUCUAGGAUCGUCAUUGACCAUGACUGACGGGUCCAGGGAAAUAGCGCCGUCUAGUGCAGAGGCAAUGUUGGACACACUAUAUCUAUAUCAAAACCCGACGACUGGGGAAGUCUCAACGACGGCCCGUUGGACGUCGCGACAACUCUGUCGACUACUGUGCCCCUCUACGAGUACCGCUAUUCUACCGCAACAUUUGACCCUCGAUACACAAAUCUUGCGUUUGAAUACGGAUGGCUCGUACGCCAAUACAGGAUGGCAGGCUGCCAAAACGGCACCGAUCGUACGGCAAGCCGUCGAGAUUUGGUACUACGAACAGGACGGCGCCGUACAAGGUCCGGUUUCGAGUCGACAGCUGGCUACCCUCUACUACGAUUGCCCCGUAGUCUUGUACCCCACCUCACGUGUCUACUCGGAAAGUACACCUUCCUGGACGCCGAUUCAGUCUCUUCCGUUACUGCAGCUUGCUCUGGAAGCUCUCCGGCCGAACGGGGUGAACUCGUUGGGGACAACCCAGGAUACGCCUACCUACGAUCCUGGCUUUUUGGCAUUUCCGUCAAACACAAAAGUUUCUGAAAAGGAAUACGAUGAAAUUCCCAAAGAAGCCAAGGACGAGCUUGAAGUUUUCUUGCAAUCCACCGCCAUCAUUGGGGGAUCCCGGAUUACCGAAGAUGAAGAAGAUGAAACUUACGAAAGUGACAAUGGUACACGAUAUGUGAAAGAUCCGCGCACAGGAAACUGGAUUCACGAAGCACUCGCCCCGAAGCAGCCGCACAAGAAAGAGAGCAACGAAGCAAAAUCCUCUUCCCAUCUCCAAACGGCAUCCGCACAUCCACCCAAAAAACGCAAAAAGGCAAAAUUUGCGGCCAAAAAUUCCAAGUGCUGGAUUUACGUCACGGGUCUGCCACCCGACUGUACCGAAGAAGAGAUAGCUUCGAUCUUUUGCAAAGCUGGAAUCAUUGACUUGGAUCCGGAAACACAGCAACCAAAAAUAAAAAUAUACCUCGACCAAGCAUCAGGCUUACCAAAGGGUGAUGCUUCCAUAUGUUACGCUCGCGCAGAGUCGGUAGACCUCGCUGUCACGCUGUUGGACGAAGCGCCCUUUCGUCCGUCGGUUCGGUCGGAUGCCUGCGUACAAUAUGUCCUGCACGUUGAACGAGCUAAAUUUGAACAGCGUGGUCGGGUGUUUGACGACGGUCGGCAGCGUGUUUCACUCGCCAAACGCAAGGUCGCCAAACUAGCGGCGGUGCAGGCCACGGACUGGGACGAAGGGGAAUUUAACGGCCGUCUGACGGGUGGGCGGAAGGGCUUGCGCAUCGUUGUUCUUAAGCAUUUGUUCGAUCCUUCUGUACUAUCCGCAAACGAGGAAGAUGGUAUGCUAGCCGUAUUGGAGCGUGAUUUACGAAAGGAAUGCGAGCAAUGGGGUGUAGUGGAAAAGAUCACCAUAUUUUCGAAAAAUUUGCAGGGCGUCGUGGUGGUCAAGUUUGCUCAGCCGGGGUCUGCUAGCGACGCAAUUAAGCACUUGGACGGGCUAGAAUGGCCUACUGGCUCGUCCAAGCGUCGUGUACAUGCCACUUUUUGGGACGGCGUCACCGACUUUACUGUACGAAAUGAAAUUAAGGAGCAAGAAGAAGCCGAAAAACGUCAAAAAGAGUUUGGCAACUGGCUAGAAAAGCAGGAGCUACCCGAAGAGCUGCGUCUAAGGAUAACUGAUUAAACGAAGUAUCAGUUUUCAUUGAAAUGAUAUUGCUUUUGUCA